AAGCUUUAGGACAGAGAGAGGAGAGACAGGAGUACCGAGAUAGAGUGAAAUAGCUGCAGGGAGAAAGUGUAGGGCUCGACAUAUUUUAUAUUGUCAGGAACUCAUACAAGCAAGUCAAAUAUAUAGAUAUAUAAAGAACGUUACUGCCAAGCGUCCAGGUGUCUAACUGAGAAAGAUUAUAACAGUGUUAUUCUGCACAGGGAUAUAAAAUGUCGUCUCCAAGUCCGGGUAAAAGGCGAAUGGAUACCGACGUGGUGAAACUUAUUGAAAGUAAACAUGAAGUUACCAUCCUGGGAGGACUCAAUGAAUUUGUAGUGAAGUUUUAUGGACCACAAGGAACGCCGUAUGAAGGGGGUGUGUGGAAAGUACGAGUAGACCUACCCGACAAAUAUCCAUUUAAAUCUCCAUCUAUAGGAUUUAUGAAUAAAAUUUUUCAUCCCAACAUUGAUGAAGCGUCAGGAACUGUGUGUCUAGAUGUAAUUAACCAAACAUGGACAGCACUCUAUGAUCUGACCAAUAUAUUUGAAUCGUUCCUGCCCCAGCUGCUUGCAUAUCCUAAUCCUAUAGAUCCUCUAAAUGGGGAUGCUGCAGCCAUGUACCUCCACCGACCAGAGGAAUACAAACAAAAAAUUAAAGAAUACAUCCAGAAAUAUGCAACAGAGGAGGCCCUGAAGGAGCAAGAGGAGGGCGCUGGGGACAGCUCGUCCGAGAGCUCAAUGUCUGACUUUUCAGAAGAUGAGGCCCAGGAUAUGGAAUUGUAGUAAAGAGAGAGACCCUUAACAGAACAGAGACUAUGAUUUCCUAACCAUGAGAAGCAGACUAGAAUAUUCAUAUUUAAACAAGGCAAUGUUUUUUUGUGUUUUUGUUUUUUUUUAUUACUAAACAAGGAUUUUUAUGGAUAUAGCAUCGGCGUAUGUCUCACCCUCCUAGAUGUUCUUCAUUUGUCGUUUCUCAACCUAAGGCGCAUAGCAUUCCCACAUUCCACUUUGGUAGCUGCAUUGCCUGAAUGCAUGUGAUGAUCACUGUAUCCUGUUGGUCAACCUAAACCGUGUGUGACUGAACUCUGUAGAACAAAAUGGACACGUCGGUAGACAAGGCCAAGAGACGGCAUCCCUUUCUAUGUGACCAAUGCAUCAAGAGAAUUUUGGAUGUUGUUACUGGUAGUCGCAUCAUGGCUAUUAAUAUGUGAAGCUUCCAGUUACAUUUUUUUUUUUUUUUUUUUAAGACCUUUAAUUGUGUAAAGCUGAUUGGGUAAUUAAACACUUAGGUAGGAACAUAGCUGGUUGCUGCCUUGCAACAUAUGAUUAUUAGAAUUGCAAUUGGUGGCUGUUUUAUUUUUUUGUUUCAUAGCACAGUGAUUGCCGUUCAAGAGAAAAACUGUAGCUUCAAGAACAUUUUCAUAAAGCUGACUUUUUGCCUUCCAUUGAAAAUUUGUCAAAAGCUACCAUUGUUUAAAAUAGUCUAUUUUUUAUAUUUACCAAUCUGGGCAGGAUUUAAAACCCAUGUCUUUAAGGAGGGGUAUGGUUAAAAACUACCGAUGUGAUGUAAGUUUCAGACUGAACACAAAAGUGUGUUUUGUUUUAUUUUAUAUAUAUUAUUAGUAGCCAGUACAUCUGUCCACUGUUUGUCAAAAGUUUAGGUUUUUUUUUUUUGUUUUAUAAACAUUUGACAAAAGACAAGUGUCAAAUAAUUUACCAGUCACAGUUUCUAUCGGUAGUAAAAUGAUGCAAACAUUACCAGCCAAUAUUUUGUAUUAUUAGUUCUACCUUGUUUCCUUUUUCCUUUUAUUUUUUAAAGCUUAAUAAAAUGUAUUUGACCCCAGCUGGGAGUCCAGAUUGGCUGGUCUUCAGGCUUCUCCAGGACUAGGAUGACAGAGGUGGAUUCAGAAUUUUUAAAAUGCUCCACAGUCUGAUAGAGUUGCUCCUCAAGAUGUUGAGAAUCGCAGUGUAAGAGAUUAACAUUUGGGGGACAGGGGACGGACGACAUCUUUUAAAUAGUACGUGACAUCACACUUUUUUUUUAAUUUCAGUCAUUUUAUAAUUUGUAUAUUUAAAUAUGUGUUGGCCACAGAGCGACUGGGAGACAAAUAUUCAGUAGUAUCCAUAAAGCACAAUAUAUUUUGGUUCUACUUAUUUAAGAAAAGUAGAAUUCAGAUUGCGUUUGCAUGUUUUCUUUAAAAAAAAAAAAAAACUUGUUUUAUUGUGACAUGUCACAGAGUUAUGUAGGGCUGUGGUGAGCUAGUAUUCUUUUUUUAAACAAUCUAGUGGCUUCAGUUGGAAGGAUAGAGUUAAGUAUGUAAGAUGUAGUUGUAAACUUGAUUACUCUUGAGGAGCAGGUGGUACUUGCAGGGGGAGUCCGAUUUUGCUGGUUCUUUAACUUGCUUACCUUAUCAACUUGCCUGUCGCUUGUGUGUUGGCUUUUUUAGGGAUAGUUAGUAUGCUGGGUGGUGAUUUUCAAAAUAAAAUGUAUGCACAUUAAAACUUACAGGUGUAGCUUGUUUGAGCGACUGACCUGAAUAAUGGGCCCUUUUAAAGGUUACUGUUUUCAUUAAUUUCAAGAUGUGGUUGGAAAACACUAUUCCAAAGAUUUAUCAAUGCCUGCCCCUUCCUUGGACAGUUGCUACAGAAUGGUAUUUCAACAGAAAUCUGUGGCAUGACAGACUAUACUGAUAAACUGCCUCCAUGUUGGCGCAUAUAUAUGUGUGUGUUUACAAAAUUCUUUCCCACCUUGGAUUAAAGGAUAACUUUGUUUUCAGGGUUCUUUUGAGGUCUAAUCAUUAACACGAUUCAUUUGUAAACUCAUCUUAAAAGCAGCUAAGCUGAAUGGUCACAAAUAGGUCAUUGCUGUGGAAAUGUAAACUGUCAAAGUGAAUCUGUUGCAUUCUGUUUGGAGUUCUGUACAUGGAUGCAUUCAAAACUCUUUUUUGGGACAUGUUAUCAGGAAACUGCAGUUACUCCCCUAUAAAACAAGAUGACAUGCCUAGCAUGCAAAAUUCACUGUACAUUUUGGGUCAAAUAGUUUGCUUUUCAAGUUAUGAUUUUACAGGAUUUUGGGCUGUCGUGUAUCUAAAACAACUCUUGUUCAUGGACACUGAAGUUGGAGCAGAGCGAUAAAAUCUGGUUUCUUCACCUUUUAUAUAUUUCAAAGGAUUAAAUUUAAUCUCAAUGGAUACAGUAUUGUAUUACGUGCAAAGGACAAACUGAAAACAAAAAUGCUCAUGGAGGCAUCUCAUAUUUUUUAUAGUUAAAAAUACCUGCAUUAAGACUAAGAUCCAGAUGUGUUCCCUAAGAAAUAAACAUGCUGUGCUGUACUAUCAAACAGUGGAAGUACUUUUCCUGCAGAUUUUUUUUUUGU